GCAUUGUGCCAUUAAGAGCUGUUAAUUUGAUUAUGAUUUUCAAAGUCUGGUUAAAACGUGUGUUGUUGUCAUAUGUAAUUAUAUAAGAUUGUCAGUCAAACGUUUGAAAUCAUCAAUUUAAUUUCAGACUUUUUACUGGUAUAUGUUCAAUGUAAUUGUACUUCCAAAAGCCUGAAAAACAUGUUCUCUUUCCUAAAGAAUAUAAAAUGCAUACUUUUCUUGUCUUUAGGAUCGAGUUUUGUCAUUUUCUUUUGUCGUAUCUACUUGAUGGAUGAUUUAAACAAUAUUUAUAGCGUUUUAUCAGGUAGCGAAGAAUCAGUAAUCCACGUUAUUACAAACUAUCCGGUGAUGACCGAAAAACCUUGGAACAAUAAUCAAACCGACACGAACAAAACCAGAUUGAUGCAAAGACAGUACGAAAUAGAGGAAACAUUGCAGAGGAACCUCGACCAUCCUUUAAUUUCAACUGUUCAUCUGCUCGUUAAUCAACCAUCAGCCAAAGAACGAUUGGGCAAGCUCAACUUUCAUAACAAGCAUAAAAUACACACACAUCUCAUCAACGCAAAAAUGCCUAGAUACAGAGAUUUCUUCGAAUACGUGAACGACCGACUUCUAAAUCGACUUGUGGUUAUAACGAAUAUGGAUAUUUACAUUGGAGAAGGAUUUGAAAAAUUAAACAAAACUUUUCUCGUUAAGCAUAAUGUGUCGUACGUUUUAACACGUAGUGGACGCCAGGAACGAAUUUGUAACAUGCACGGAAGACGUGGAUACUGUCAAACUGGCUAUAUUGGCUCACACGAUACAUAUAUAUUUGUUCUUACACGACGCUUGGAGGAGUCUGUUCUGUCGGAGUUCAAUUACCAGAUGCAUUUAUACGGAGGGGAUAACGUAAUGCUAUGGGUUUUAAGGAACCGAAUGAAGAAAACCCUUCUUAAUCCCUGUAGAUACCUAAAAACAUACCACAAUCACUGCGUUAAUAUACACAGCAGUGUGAGACCUAGAAUUAACACGUCGGGAAAAAGUGCUUGGGUGCCACCAAGUGAAUUAUAUACUUGAUGUAAGCUUGCAAGUAUUCGUAGGAAAUUUUGAUUCGCCAUGAAAAAUGAAUGAAAUAUCUUUGAAAGCAAAUUCUGUAUUAUUAUUCUCAAGAGCGUAAGGUUGAGGGAUGUGGGUUAAUGUGACACCCCCCCCCCACUCAAUAAUUCUCCAUACAUGAUAAAAAGUUUGCCAAAUUGCUUUGUUAUUGGUCAGAA